AUGCUGCUUUAUAUGCUUUCUAUACUGGAAUCUGAACAUGAUGAGGGAUUGAAGGACAAAGAUGAUGCAUUUAUGAGUGUAGAUGCAGAGGUAGAUGCAGAAGCAGAUGCAGAAGCAGCGGCUGCAGAAGCAGGAGACGAAUCAUUCUUACGUAGCAUCAUUGAAGAUGAAGAUGCCGAAGCAAAAGUUGGUGAAGGUGCCAAUCCAGAAGCUGCUCAAGAUGACAAGCCAAAAGGACGGAAGCAAAUGGCAUCAAGAUCACAAAUCUGGGAGCAUUUUACCAAAGUUUUUGAUGACAAGGGGUUAGUAAAGGAAGUAAAAUGCAAGUAUUGUGACCGACCAAUUCAAGCUACUACAUCAAUCAAUGGAACAACAGCAAUGCGCAGGCACUUUGGUACAUGCAAGCGCAGUCCGAAUAAGAAAAUGGAUCCAAAUCAGACCACUUUGCAAGCAACUCCAGGAGAUGGCAUUAAUACUUGGAGAUAUGAUGCAGAAAAAGUUAGGAAGGCAUUUGCUGUGAUGGUCAUAGAGGAUGAACUGCCUUUUGCAUUUGGUGAGAAAUCUGGAUUCAGAAAGUUCAUUUCAAUCGCUUGCCCCCGCUUUACUCCACCAUCAAGAAGAACUUGUACUAGGGACACUGUCAAAAUCUAUCUAGAUGAGAAAUGCAAGUUGAAAAAGUUUUUCAAAGAGAAUUGUGGAAGUGUGUGUGUAACCACUGAUUGUUGGACUUCUCAGCAGCAAGAUGGCUAUAUGGUAGUGACUGCACACUUCGUUGAUGAAGAGUGGAAGUAUCAUAAGAAGAUUAUUAAUUUCAUUAUGGUGAAGGGCCACAAAGGGAAGGAUCUUGGGAAGAACUUGCAGAGAUGUUUGAUGGAAUGGGGGCUAGAGAGAGUUAUGACAGUCACCGUGGAUAAUGCAAGCAAUAAUGAUGGCUGCAUUGUUCACUUGAGAAAGUGCAUGGUUGAGGCCAAAACUAGCAUAGCUGCUGGAAAGUUUUUGCAUAUGAGAUGUGCGGCACAUAUUGUCAACCUUAUUGUACAAGAUGGCCUAAAAGAAGUUGAACUUUCAAUCAAACGUGUCCGAGCUGCUGUGCGAUACAUCAAGAAUGGGACUUCUCGGUUGGUAAAAUUCAAAGAGCUAGCAUUGGAAGAAAAAGUUAAGAGCAAAGCAUUCUUGAACCUAGAUGUAUGCACUCGGUGGAACUCAACUUACAUAAUGUUGAAGGCUGCCAUCACCUACGCGAAGGUGUUUACAAGGUACUGUGAGGAUGACCCAUUGUAUGCGUUGGACUUGUCUGAAGAAAAAGGAGGAUUUGGGUAUCCAGAUGAAAUGGAUUGGGAAAAUGCUAGGAAAAUGGCUGCCUUUCUUGCUCAUUUUUAUGAUCUUACUAUUCGUGUGUCAUCCUCACUUCAUGUCACUUCCAACAACUUUCUUUUCGAGGUUGGCAAUAUACACAUAUUGGUUCAAAAUUGGAUGAGCAGUACAGAUCCUUUGCAAAAACCUAUGGCAGAGAGGAUAAAAGAAAAGUUUGACAAAUACUGGGGGUCUUGGCAUGAGAAUGAAAAGGUGAAGGAUAAGGGUCCUAUUGUAAAUGAAAGAGGGAAAGGGAAGAAGAAGGAGAAGGAGGAGAAGGAGAAGGAAAAUCUCAACUUGCUCAUUUUUAUUGCUGCAGCUCUUGAUCCAAGAGAGAUCCAUGCAUACUUUGGAGAUAUUCAAUAA